UCGAUUCGUCACGCCAGCAGCAGUAGAACCGCCGUGGUCAACUAGUUAACUUCGCUCUUAUAAUUUUCAGUCAACGGAUUUUGCUUCACUACGCUCUUCCCUCCUCUCCUACUCAGCAGAGGCGUCACGACACCACUGAAGUCGAGAGGAGAGGGGCUUGGAUGAAAGACAAGUGGAUGAAAGACACGUGUACGAUUCGAGUCUCGAGAAGAACAGAUGGUGGGAAAAAUCCCUAAGUUUUUCUCUCCAGAGCCAGUCUGUGAUGGACAUACUGUAGCUCAGUAACACGUGGCGCUCCUAGGCACCCAGCAGAGGUCCAACGUGGGGGACUGGUCUCCGGAAGACUGACCCUGGCCCCUGGGUCAUGACAGAUCCCAUCAUGGACUUCUUUGACGACCCCAACCUGUUUGUGGGAGGGCUGGACGGGUUGGCUGAGGAGGGCUUCCCCCCUGGACCCUCGCUGGUGGAUGAGCUCAACCUCAGCGCAGGCUUUGAGCCUCUACAGGUGGAGCCGAUGGGGGCAGGGAAACACCCCGGGAUGAUACCCACCUCCAUGCCCUCCUCCACCCAACAGAGCAUGGCUUAUGGGCAGCAGAUGGGGCAUUUUCCGGGCAUGAAGGCCCAGAACUCCAUGGGACAGCCCUUCGCUGGCUCUGAGGGUGUGGGUGGUGGAGGGAUGAUAGCAGCACAGCAUACCCAGUUCCAUGGACGCUCAAUUGGUCAGGCACCCCAAUCCAACGCGUUGUUUUCCAACAGCAGCCCCAUGUGGGGCAACCAGGACCAGAACGGGAACCUCUAUCACUCAGUGCCCCAGCAACAACAACAACAACUACAUCAACAACAGCAGCAGCAACUCCACAACCAACAGCAUCACCUCCGACAGCAACAGCCACAGCAGCAGCAUCACCCCUGUCAACAACAACUUCAGCAACAACAAGUGCAGCAGUUACAGCAGCAACACCAGCUUCUGAACCAGCGGCAGCAGCAGCACCUUCAUCAACAGGUAGUGAACCCUCAGUCUCUGCCCCAGCAGCACCACAGCUUCCCCUUCCACCAGGCCAACCAACAGCCAGCAUCCCACAACCAGCAGCGUACCACCGGGGGGACCCAGUUCCACUCCAGGGCUGUGCCUAACUCAGGGGUUCUGGCCACAGCUAAUGUGGAAACCCCCAAUGCCUCGCUGGCUGGAACCCCACCACAGCAGGGUGGCUACCAGCUGGUGCAGGGGACUCAGGGGGCCUUUCCUGGGGUAGGGCCAGAGGACUCUAGCAUGUCCUUCUCCAUGCAGACCUGCUCCCCCAUGGCUCACACCCUGUCCUCCUGCUCAGUGAGCUCCACCACCACCUACCCUCCCUCCCAGUACUCCUUCCCUGGCCAGGGACAACCUGGCAUCUCCAGCCUGAGCCAGCCUCUCUCUUUAGCCCCAGUGUCCAUGAUCCCCACCACCACUCCCCUGCCCUCCUCUGUGCCUGAACUCUCUCUCGUGGGAGCUGGAUGUGCGUUUUCGUCUGCUCCAGGGAUGACUCAGCAUCAUCAGCCCAAACAGGUCCCAGUCAGCCAGGCUGAGGACGAAUGUCCCUUCCGGGCUCUGCGCUGCUCCAGGCAGACCUUAGGGAACUACGAUUCAUCUGAGAUGUUUGGCCAGGCCAUGAGCUGCUACCCCAGUGCAGUCAGCCAGCUCGUUCCAGACCAGCACCAGCCCCAGAACUGUGGAUCUAACUUGGAAGUUACCAGACCUCCGGCCAGCACCACUACCACUAACGGCUACGUGUCUCUAGAGGUUAGCAUGGCAGGGCUGCAAGGGGAGGUGGAGGCCCAAGGAGGGGGCUUUGAGGGCUUGGAGGCUCCGGACCUGUUGGCUGAUGAGCUGCUGCCUCAGCUGGAGGCUGCCCUCAGUCAGCACGACCACCACGACUCCAACUGUUCGUGGACCAAUGGUGGGGAUGGCGAAAGGAAUGGAAAGGGAGAGGAAGAAGAAGAGAUGAAGGAGGAAGAAAGGAUCUCCAUAUCCAUGGACUACAAGAUACAGCCUCCCAAGAACAAGAAUGCUAAUGGUUCCAACAGCCACACAGCAGCGCGGGUCCUCAGCCCCCCGAUGAAGAGCAGCUCAUCCUCCUCGUCUUCAUCCUCCUACAGCUCGUCGUUGGAGAAGCGGGCCCAGCGGAGGCUGGUGAAGGAGCAGGGGGAGCAGCAGCAGCAACUGAUGGAGGAGGCUGGGGAGGACAAGCAGCAGAAGGCUAACAGGAUCAUCCAUGAGGCCAUUGCUAAGGCCCGGGAGAGAGGAGAGAAGAACAUCCCCAGGGUUAUGAGUCCAGAGAGCUUCCCCUCUGGGAGCUCCUCGGCCCACAGGAGAGAGAGAGAGAGGGAGAGGGACAGAGACAGAGACAGGGAGAGGGGCCGUGGCAACAAGACCAGGACCAAGGCCUCCAAGAAAGCCCGCAUUGUGCCCUCGUCCAAGCCCAAACAGAAGGCUAAGAUCGGGAAAAUCGUCAUUAAAUUUGGAGGGAUGAAGAAGAAGAGGGAGACAGAGUCUUCAGAGGAGGAGUCUGAUGAAGAACGCCCGCCUCGAAGAUACUUUAAAGACGAUGACUCGACGCGUCGGUCGAACCGCCAGGUGAAGAGGAAGAAGUAUGCAGAGGAGGGAGAGGCCAGGGUGUCUGAUGAGGAGGUGAAGGUCAUGGUUAAAACCAAGAAGACCAGCACUGCUGCAGCACGCAAAGAGCCAGCACAGCAGCUGUUUGUGGAAAACCCCAGCGAGGAGGAUGCUGCGGUUGUUGACAAGAUCAUGUCAUCUCGAAUUGUCAAGAACGAGGUCGCUCCAGGAGUUAUCGUAGAAGUGGAGGAGUUCUUUGUAAAAUACAAAAACUACUCCUACCUCCACUGUGAGUGGGCCGUAGAGCAGCAGCUGGAGAAAGACAAGAGGAUUCAGCAGAAGAUCAAACGAUUCAAGAUUAAACAGGCACAGAGAGCCCACUUCUUUGCAGAUAUGGAGGAGGAUUCCUUUAACCCUGACUAUGUGGAGGUAGACAGAGUACUGGAGGUGUCCUAUUGUGAAGACAAGGACACAGGAGAGCAGGUAGUGUACUACCUGGUGAAGUGGUGCUCUCUGCCCUAUGAAGACAGUACAUGGGAACUGAAGGGGGAUGUGGACCAGAGUAAAAUAGAGGAGUUUGAGCUGCUGCAGGCAGCAAGGCCAGACUCCCGCAGGAUGGAGCGUCCCCCAGCCAGCCUGUGGAAGAAGAGGGAUCAGUCGAGGGAGUACAGAAACAGUAACGUCCUCAGGGACUACCAGCUGGAGGGAGUCAACUGGCUCCUCUUCAACUGGUACAACAGACGGAACUGUAUACUGGCAGAUGAGAUGGGUCUGGGGAAGACUAUCCAGUCCAUCACGUUUCUGGAGGAGAUCUGGCGUGUGGGCAUCAGGGGCCCCUUCCUCAUCAGCCCCCUCUCCACCAUCGCCAACUGGGAGAGGGAGUUCAGAACGUGGACCCACCUCAACGUCAUCGUCUACCACGGCUCCAUGGUCAGCAGGCAGAUGCUGCAGCAGUACGAGAUGUACUCCAGGGACACACAGGGUCGUGUGGUGCGGGGAGCCUACAAGUUCCACGCCCUCAUCACCACCUUUGAGAUGAUCCUGGGCGGCUGUCCAGAGCUCAACGCCAUCGAGUGGCGCUGCGUCAUCAUAGACGAGGCCCAUCGUCUCAAGAACAAGAACUGCAAGCUGCUAGAGGGCUUCAAGCUCAUGAAUCUGGAACACAAAGCUCUCCUGACAGGGACCCCCCUCCAGAACACAGUAGAGGAGCUGUUCAGUCUGCUGCACUUCCUGGAGCCUCAAAGCUUCCCCUCAGAGAAUACCUUCAUGCUGGAGUUUGGAGACCUCAAGACUGAGGAGCAGGUCCAGAAGUUGCAGGCCAUCCUGAAGCCCAUGAUGCUGCGUCGUCUCAAGGAGGACGUGGAGAAGAAGCUGGCUCCUAAGGAGGAAACCAUCAUUGAGGUGGAGCUGACCAACAUCCAGAAGAAGUACUACAGAGCCAUCCUAGAGAAGAACUUCUCCUUCCUGUCUAAAGGAGUCGGCCAGGCCAACGUCCCCAACCUGGUCAACACCAUGAUGGAGCUGAGGAAGUGUUGCAACCACCCCUACCUCAUUAAAGGUGCUGAGGAGAAGAUCUUGGAGGACUUCCGAGAGGUGUACAGCCCUGUUGCCUUUGAUUUCCACCUGCAGGCCAUGGUGCAGUCGGCUGGUAAACUGGUCCUCAUAGACAAGCUGCUGCCCAAGAUGAAGGCCGGGGGACACAAGGUCCUCAUCUUCUCCCAGAUGGUCCGCUGUCUGGAUAUCCUGGAGGACUACCUCAUCCAGAGAAGGUACCUGUAUGAGCGUAUCGAUGGCAGAGUGAGAGGUAACCUGCGUCAGGCAGCUAUAGACCGUUUCAGCAAACCAGACUCUGACCGCUUUGUGUUCCUGUUGUGUACCCGGGCUGGAGGUCUGGGCAUCAACUUGACUGCUGCUGACACCUGUAUUAUCUUUGACUCAGACUGGAACCCACAGAACGACCUGCAGGCCCAGGCUCGCUGCCAUAGGAUUGGUCAGAACAAGGCGGUGAAGGUGUACCGUCUGAUCACCAGGAACUCUUACGAGCGGGAGAUGUUUGACCGGGCCAGCCUCAAACUGGGCCUGGACAAGGCUGUACUGCAGAGCAUGAGUGGCAGGGAGAACAGCGUGCCGGGAGGAGGGCCGACCCAGCAGCAGCUGUCUAAGAAGGAGAUCGAGGACCUGCUGAGGAAAGGGGCGUAUGGAGCUCUGAUGGAUGAUGAGGAUGAGGGGGCCAAGUUCUGUGAGGAGGAUAUCGACCAGAUCCUUCAACGCAGGACCAAGACCAUCACCAUCGAGUCUGAGGGACGGGGAUCUACCUUUGCCAAGGCCAGUUUUGUGGCAUCCGGAAACCGCACAGACAUUUCUCUGGACGACCCCAACUUCUGGGACAAGUGGGCCAAGAAGGCUGAGAUUGACAUGGACACUGCCAAUGGCAGAAACAGCCUGGUAAUUGACACUCCGAGGGUGAGGAAGCAGACCCGACCCUUCAGUGCCACUAAGGACGAGCUGGCAGAGCUGUCAGAGGGGGAGAGUGACAACGAGGACAAGCCCAAGCUCCGCCGGCCCCACGACCGCCUCAACAGCUAUGGCAGGACAGAGUGCUUCAGAGUGGAGAAGAACCUACUAGUAUACGGGUGGGGUCGUUGGAAGGAUAUCCUGCUCCAUGGUCGUUUUAAGAAGCAGCUGACAGAGCGUGAUGUAGAGUCUAUCUGCAGAGCCCUUCUGGCCUACUGUCUGGUUCACUACCGCGGUGACGACAAGAUCAAGAGCUUCAUGUGGGACCUGAUCGCCCCCUCCGAGGACGGACAGACCAAGGAACUACAGAACCACCUGGGUCUGUCGACCCCAGUCCCCAGAGGCAGGAAGGGGAAGAAGAUGAAGACUCAAUCCAGCACAUUUGACAUCCAGAAGGCUGAGUGGAUCAGGAAGCACAACCCAGAACACAUGCUGCAGGAUGAGGGAUACAAAAAGCACCUCAAACACCACUGCAACAAGGUGUUGCUGCGGGUUAGAAUGCUCUACUACCUGAAACAAGAGGUGAUGGGAAGCCAGUCACAGAAGAUACUGGACGGCGUGGACUCCAGUGAGAUCAAGAUCUGGGUUCCUGAGCCCGACAGCUCUGAGCUACCAGCCCUGUGGUGGGACAACAUCUCUGACAAGUGUCUGCUGUUGGGGGUCUACAAGCACGGUUAUGAGAAGUAUAACACAGUGCGUGCAGACCCUGCCCUCUGCUUCCUAGAGCGGGUGGGCCGGCCAGACGAGAAGGCCAUCGCUGCUGAACAGAGAGCCAAUGACUUCAUGGAUGGGGACGUGGAUGACCCAGAAUACAAGCCUGCCCCAGCCUUGCUGAAGGACGAUAUGGAGGAUGACGCCUCCUCUCCUGGAGACCUGGUUGUCACAGACAACCCUGGAGAGGGUGCUCCAGUGAUGAUGGAAGGGUUAGGUGGAGGAGGAGGAGAUGCAGCCUACUGGCCCUCCUCCUCAGUGCUAACAGCCAGACUGAGACGCCUGAUCACAGCCUCUCAGCGCUACACCAAGUCCAGACAGAUCCUCCACAUCCACCAGACCCAGCACACCACCCAGGUCACACCCUCACUGUGUCCCCUGCCACCCACCCUCAACGACACUAUCAACCCCAAGAUGGCCGCCAAGAUAGAACGCCAGCAGAGAUGGACGAGGCGAGAGGAAGCUGAUUUUUACCGUGUGGUGUCUACCUUUGGUGUGGUGUUUGACCCAGACCUGGGCCGCUUCGACUGGACCAAGUUCAGAGCCAUGGCUCGGCUGCACAAGAAAACAGACGAGAGUCUGCAGAAGUACCUGUGGGCCUUCACUGCCAUGUGCAGGAGAGUGUGUCGCCUGCCACCAAGAGAAGGAGACACAGCGGUGGACCCCUCUCUGUCCAUUCAGCCCAUCACAGAGGAGCGUGCAUCUCGUACCCUCUACAGAGUAGAGCUGCUACGCCAGGUCAGGGAACAGGUCCUGCGCCACCCCUUGCUCUAUGAGCGCCUGCCCCUGUGCCAGCUGGGCUCGGACCUGCCCGUGUGGUGGGAGACCGGUACCCACGACCGAGACCUCCUAAUCGGGGCCACCAAGCACGGCGUCAGCCGCACAGACUACCACAUCCUCCGAGACCCAGAGCUCUGCUUCAUGGCUGCUCAGCGCAACUACAGCCAGAAUAAAGGAGUCCAACAGCCAUCCCAGACCCCUACUCCGCUCCUGAACCCCCCGUACCAGGCUAGUAGAGACCCAGCCUUGGCAGAGUCCCCAGUGCCAACCCCAGCCCUGAUGGAGAGGGAGGACAUCCCGGGGGCAGUGCCCAAAGAAGAACCUCUCUCGGAGGGGGAGGAGCGCAUGGAGAGAGGGGGUCAGAUGGAGGGGGAGAGGUGGAGUCCCCAGCCUGCCCCUCUCACCCCAACAGGGAUAGAGGAGAAGCCUGAUCUGGGGGUGGUGAAAGGAGAGAACGAGAGCCACAUGGUGGCGGCACGGACCAAGCCACUCACACCCAACUCAGCCACCAGGAAAGAGAAGAAAGCCAAUAAAAUAAGUCGAAGAGAGGCCAGACGAGCCGCCUCCGCAGCAUCAGACUCCGACUCGGACGGCUCCUCCUCCAGCUCUUCAUCACGAUCUUCUUCAUCAUCGUCAUCGUCGUCCUCUUCCUCCUCACGCUCCGGAUCCAGCUCCUCUUCGUCUUCAUCCUGCUCAUCAGGCUCCUCAUCUUCCUCUUCCUCAUCUUCAUCUUCCUCUGUUGGCAGUGAGAGUGAGGGAGAGGAAGGAAAGACCAAGGUCCCAACAGUGGCCAUCGCGAAGGGAUUUGACGAAGACAGUGUGGCGUCUCUCAGCACCACUCAGGAUGAGAUGCAGGACAGUCACGUGACAGAGAACGGCAGCAACAACUCACACCACCACCCCUUCCAGGGAGGAUACAUGCUGGCUGCAUCCUACUGGCCCAAGGACCGUGUGAUGAUCAACCGUCUGGACAGUAUCUGCCAAGCAGUGCUGAAGGGGAAGUGGCCGGGGGCCCGGCGGUCGUACGAGGCAGGAGGGGCCGUAGCCUCCUUCUACACCACCAAGCUGCUGGACAAUGCAGCUGCGGCCAACAACAGCAGCAACCUCUGCUCAGCUUCCGCCUCAGCCUCAGAGGACCCCUCUGCCUCCCCUCAGGGUUCAAAGGUGAAGAAGCAUGUUGCAGGAGAAAAGGAGUUCUCAGUGAAAAUGAAUGAACAGGAAGGGGGUCUGAAGCUGACCUUCCAGAAGCAGGGGCCCGGCCAGCCCCUGAAGAGGCCCCUGGAGCCUGAGGAGGGGCCCCUGAGCCAGCAGCAGUAUCUUACAAGGCUCCAUGAGCUCCAGUGUGCCUCAGAUACCAGUCUGGCUGACUUCACCAAGCCCCAGGCUGCCAGCUUCCCACAGGCAUCUACAGGUCUGGCAGGUCAGAUGAAGCUGAACGGAGGUAUGGAUGGCCAGCCGGUGGUGAAGAGGAGGAGAGGAAGAAGGAAGAAUGUGGAGGGAGUGGACCUGCUCUUUAUGAACAGGAACAGAGGACCAGCCGUGCCUGAAAGCGUGCCCCCGGCGUGGGGUGGUAUGAGUCAGGCUGGCACUGGGCUGUCUAUUGCCUCAGGGCAGGGUAACCCCCUAGGGGCCCGGGGCCCUAUGGACACAGAGAGCAGGGUCUCUGUCAUCAACCUGAAAGAUGGGACCCGUCUGGCCGGAGACGAUGCCCCCAGGAGGAGGGAGCUGGAGCUGUGGCUCAAAGAACACCCAGGCUUUGUGGCUGACACAGGGGCAUUCAUCCCUGGAGUGAAUAAGAGGCAGCUGGAGCAGUUCCAGCAGGAUGGUAGACCCAAGCAGAAGAGGCAUCGCUGCAGGAAUCCCAACAAGAUCGAUGUCAACAGUCUGACAGGAGAGGAGAGGGUCCAGAUCAUCAACAGGAGAAAUGCACGCAAGGUUGGUGGGGCCUUCGCCCCCCCUCUAAAGGACCUGUGUCGGUUCCUUCAGGAGAACCCAGAGUACGGGGUUCCACCAGAGUGGGCCGACGUCGUCAAGCAGUCGGGCUACCUCCCAGAGAGCAUGUUUGACCGGAUCCUGACAGGACCCAUCGUACCAGAGGAGGUGAGUCGGCGUGGACGGAGGCCCAAGAGCGCCCUGGCCAAGGCUGCAGCUACAGCCAACCAGGCGGCCCCAUCCCUGGGCCUCAACCCCCUGCUGGCCAAUGGCCUCCUCUCUGGCAUGGAUCUAUCUAGUCUACAGGCCUUCCAGCAGAACCUCCAAAGUCUCCAGUCACUGCAGCUCACUGCCGGCCUCAUGGGCCUGCCCACCGAUGCUAACAACCUGGCCGCCAUGUUUCCCAUGAUGCUCUCUGGCAUGGCUGGGCUUCCCAACCUCCUGAGCAUGGGGGGUCUGCUGGGGAAGCCCUCACAGGACGCAACAGGGGGAGCUGAGCAGAGGAAGAGGAAGAAGGGAAGCAGAGAAGGGGGAGGAGGGGAGCCCUCGUCUGCCUCCUCCAAAGCCCCCUCCUCCCAAUCACACGGCCCCUCCCACACCUCGGACACCAAAGGUGAAAGGACAGAAGGUCAAAGCAGGGACGGAGAUGGCCGCAUCCCCAGUGUCCAUUCCCCCUCUAGUUCCUCUGCCACCACCUCCACAACCACCCCACUAAGUGCUUCUGCUGCCCAGGCAGCCUCCAGUCACCCUCUGUCUCUUAACCCCUUGUUACUCUCCAGUAUGCUUUACCCAGGGAUGCUUCUCACUCCAGGCCUUAACCUUCCUGUGUCCACCACACAGCCACCACACAGUGACUCAAACAGUGACCACAAACCCCACAAGCCCACUAAGACCUCUAAGACCGCCACCUCAAAACCUCUGUCGCCAAGGAGAACACCAGAGUGUCAGGAAGAGGAGGGCCUUGGUGACAAGAGGGAAGAGUCAGGGGAACACAAGGAGGAGAACAGUGGUCCAGAAGGCUCGGGGAAGGCGGAGUCAUCUUCUUCAUCAGAGUCUGGGAGCUCUUCUUCAUCAUCUGAUGGGUCAUCGGACUCUAGCGAUGAAGACUGAGCCUAAUGAAAAUAUAAAUCUAUUUAUGGAUCUAUUAGAAAUGUACACACAUACAGUACCAAUCAAAAGUUUGGACACACCUACUCAUUCAAGGGUUUUUCUUUAUUUUGACUAUUUUCUGCAUUGUAGAAUAAUAGUGAAGACAUCAAAACUAUGAAAUAACACAUAUGGAAUCAUGUCGUAAACAAACAAUUGUUCAACAUAUUAAAAUAUAUUUUAUAUUCUUCAAAGUAGCCACACUUUGACUUGAUGACAGCUUUGCACACUCUUGGCAUUCUCUCAACCAGCUUCUCCUGGAAUGCUUUUCCAAUGGUCUUGAAGGAGUUCCCACAUAUGCUGAUCACUUGUUGGCUGCUCUUCCUUCACUCUGCAGUCCAACUCAUCCCAAACCAUAUCAAUUGGGUUGAGGUGGGGUGAUUGUGGAGGCCAGGUCAUCGGCCAGGUCAUCUGAUGCAGCAUUCCGUGACUCUCCUUGGUCAAAUAGGCCUUACACAGCCAGGAGGUGUAUUUUGGGUCAUGGUCCUAAUAGGUCUACCAAAUGCAAACCAGAUGGGAUAGCGUAUCGCUGCAGAAUGCUGUCGUAGCCAUGCUGGUUAAGUGUGCCUUGAAUUCUAUAUAAAUCACAAACAGUGUCACCAUCAAAGCACCCCCAUACCAUCACACCUCCUCCUCCAUGCUUCACUGUGGGAACCACACAUGUAGAGAUUAUCCGUUCACCUACUCUGCGUCUCACAAAGACACGGCGGUUAGAACCAAAAAUCUUACAUUUGGACUCAUCAGACCAAAGGACAGAUUUCCACCGGUCUAAUUGCUUGUUUUUCUUGGCCCAAGCAAGUCUCUUCUUAUUAUUGGUGUCCUUUAGAAGUAUUUUUUUUAUUCCAGCAAUUCGACCAUGAAGGCCUGAUGCAGUCUCCUCUGAACAAAUCAAAUCAAUCAAAUUUUAUUUGUCACAUACACAUGGUUAGCAGAUGUUAAUGCGAGUGUAGCGAAAUGCUUGUGCUUCUAGUUCCGACAAUGCAGUGAUAACCAACAAGUAAUCUAACUAACAAUUCCAAAACUACUGUCUUAUACACAGUGUAAGGGGAUACGGAAUAUGUACAUAAGGAUAUAUGAAUGAGUGAUGGUACAGAGCAGCAUACAGUAGAUGGUAUCGAGUACAGUAUAUACAUAUGAGAUGAGUGUGUAGACAAAGUAAACAAAGUGGCAUAGUUAAAGUGGCUAGUGAUACAUGUAUUACAUAAGGAUGCAGUCGAUGAUGUAGAGUACAGUAUAGUAUAUACGUAUGCAUAUGAGAUGAAUAAUGUAGGGUAAGUAACAUUAUAUAAGGUAGCAUUGUUUAAAGUGGCUAGUGAUAUAUUUACAUAAUUUCCCAUCAAUUCCCAUUAUUAAAGUGGCUGGAGUUGGGUCAGUGUCAAUGACAGUGUGUUGGCAGCAGCCACUCAAUGUUAGUGGUGGCUGUUUAACAGUCUGAUGGCCUUGAGAUAGAAGCUGUUUUUCAGUCUCUCGGUCCCAGCUUUGAUGCACCUGUACUGACCUCGCCUUCUGGAUGAUAGCGGGGUGAACAGGCAGUGGUUCGGGUGGUUGAUGUCCUUGAUGAUCUUUAUGGCCUUCCUGUAACAUCGGGUGGUGUAGGUGUCCUGGAGGGCAGGUAGUUUGCCCCCGGUGAUGCGUUGUGCAGUCCUCACUACCCUCUGGAGAGCCUUACGGUUGAGGGCGGAGCAGUUGCCGUACCAGGCGGUGAUACAGCCCGCCAGGAUGCUCUCGAUUGUGCAUCUGUAGAAGUUUGUGAGUGCUUUUGGUGACAAGCCGAAUUUCUUCAGCCUCCUGAGGUUGAAGAGGCGCUGAUGCGCCUUCUUCACGACGCUGUCAGUGUGAGUGGACCAAUUCAGUUUGUCUGUGAUGUGUAUGCCGAGGAACUUAAAACUAGCUACCCUCUCCACUACUGUUCCAUCGAUGUGGAUAGGGGGGUGUUCCCUCUGCUGUUUCCUGAAGUCCACAAUCAUCUCCUUAGUUUUGUUGACGUUGAGUGUGAGGUUAUUUUCCUGACACCACACUCCGAGGGCCCUCACCUCCUCCCUGUAGGCCGUCUCGUCGUUGUUGGUAAUCAAGCCUACCACUGUUGUGUCGUCCGCAAACAGUUGAUGUUGAGAUGUGUCUGAAUGAGGCAUUCAUUUGGGCUCUAAUCUGAGGUGCAGUUAACUGUAAUGGACGUAUCUUCUGCAGCUGAGAUAACUCUGUUUCUUCCAUUCCUGUGGCGGUCCUCAUGAGAGACCGUUUCAUCAUAGUGCUUGAUGGUUUUUGCGACUGCACUUAAAGAAACUUUCAAAGUUCUUGAAAAUUUCCGGAUUGACUGAUAUAUUUUGAUUUGUUUAACAAUUUUUGGGGUUAGUUCAUGAUUCCAUAUGUGUUAUUUCAUCGUUUUGAUGUCUUCAUUAUUAUUCUGCAAUGUAGAAAAUAGUAAAAAUAAAGAAAAACCCUGGAAUGAGAAGGUGUGUCCAAACUUUUGACCGGUACUGUAUAUAUUACACAUAUAUAUGGAUUUCCCUGCACUUACAUUGUGAUUUCUUUUCAUGUAAAUACAGAAAACGAACUAAAAUGUUGUGUAAUAAAGACUACAAAAGUGAGACAAGAAGAACCAUGACCUAGGAGAAACUGAAAUUAACUUUCAGUGUUUGUUCAAAAAGGUACAAUCUCGUUUUGAGAGACAUUUUGCAUGUCAAACUUUAGUAGAUUUCUGAACUUUGUGAGCUUGUAUUAGGCCUACACACAUUGAUGUACAAUUGCAACAAUAUGGGAAAAAGAAAUCAAAAUGGCAUUAUUGUAAUUAUCAUGUUGGGAUUUAAUUUUAUUAAAAAAGAGGAAAUAAAUAUGCGCUCUCUGCUGAGCUGUACUGUUAAUAUAUUUUGUAGUGGGAGGAAAAGACCUUGAAUAUUUAGCUUUCCUUUGUAAAUACUUUUACAGGUUUUCUUCUUGAUACUUACAGUAUACUUUGCGGAUCAUACGCUUGGAGAAGUCAGCAAUAACUCGGGCAGCUAAUGAAUGUGACUGAUGCUGUAGAUCCUUCAUCAGCCAUGCUUCUCACACAAGGGAGAGGUGUUCAGUCUCUGUUCCAAUGUCCACACUAACACAGUUAUUCAAAUGAAGAAAUGUAUUGGACAUUCAUUCUAAGUAGUAUGCUAGUGUGCAUUUUGGAAUGUAGUCUCCCCUGCCUGUCUCGCACAACCAACACACAUGGUUCUUUUGACACCGAGGUGCACUUUAGUUUCCCAUAUUACACUCGCUAGCACAUAACCAGUUGGGUCUACUCCCCAAAUGCUGCUCUCGCUGGGACAGAAAAGACACAAUUCCACCCCAGUGUUUUUGACUGCAUCGUUACCUCAGCAGAGUAUAGAAGGGAUUGAGUUCACUGCAAAUACAUCCUGUUGUGUGUGUUUUGGCAAGGCUGGCUCACUCGUCCCCGCUGGGAUCUGUGUUCUUCAUGGCAUACUCUUGAGAGCUUCCACUCGCUUAGUCUCUUCCAGUGCCUUCAGUCUGCGAGACUACCACUCACUGUGUUCUGGCUGUGUGUGUUUGUUUGCGUGGGCAUUUCUUUCCAUUUUGGCUGAGUCAGUGUGUUCUUCAGGCCAUGUACUGAUUGUGUCCCAUGCGGGCAGCAUCAAUCGGGCCAUUGUGUAUUGGUAAGGCUAGAGAAUUGGGUUCUACAACCAAAAGUGAAGUCACAUAAACAGUGACUGCUGGUAUAGUCAACAUAUACUCAACACCCCCUGAGUCAUCUUUAAUACUUUAAAAGCCCAUCAGUAUCUGUGUUCCACUCGUAGUGCCGCCUUCUGCUAUCGAGUGAGCUGAGGAAUCUCCAAUGAGCUCUGACUGUGGGUGAUGUCUGUAGUCUUCCAUUCUGAACACAGUGUGUCCCUGUUGUGUUGAAUUACCUUGCUAUCAUAAACUAGUAAUGAAGUAGCUACACCAUAUGUGUAUUGAGGGACCAGAGGGGUUUGUAUUGUCUCUGAUAUAACUAGAUUACUGAGUCAUCAAAAUUAUUUUAAUAAUUGACUGUUUAAAAGCAUAGUUUAUACAAUGAUUGCAGUGAUUCUGAAUUGGGUUGGCUAUGGUAGGUUAAGUUUAGGCUUGAGUAAGACUGAAUAUCCAGACCUUCCUUUAGAACUGAGCUGCUUUGCUGACUAUGAUAUCUCUGUUUCAUGGGAAUUGGAGGCUUUUAAGUAUUCAUUUCUAGCCUGGAAUCCAAACUGAUAUGCUGUUUCAUCACUAAACACAUUGUUCAGUCUGAUUUCACCAGGCUAGUUCAUUUCUCCAUAUGUCUUACUGAUCAAUCCACUGAUGACUGGAUCGGCAGACAGACUGAUAGAUGUAGAAGUGUCCUUACGCUCGCUGUACCUCUGUGUAUUUCACACCCUCACUUUCUCACUCAACUUCCAGUCCGUGGAUCUGAUGUGAUUUAACAGAUAGAUGUUUUAUGUUCCUUAUUUUCUACGGCUCAAUGGUGGUAUAUUUUCUUCAUUACCAUAUGACAUGGCUCAUCUGUGCUCAUCCUCGUGGUAACCAAGGGAGACACUGAGACUGGAAUUCAGUAUACCCUAAGUACCUGUUGUAAUUAUGUUUAGUGGAACAGUGCUUUCCGGAUUGAUACAGCACCGUGUAGGACAACUGUCGGUACGCGUUGGACUGCUAGGCAGGCACACAUUUGGAAAUGAUCUUGAAGAUGAAUGAGACGUUUUAUUUUACAUAGUGACAAUGAAACGUCACAACAGGUUACAUCUGUGGUAGAGACAUUCAUUUAGUCUCUUUCAGCCUUCAUUUAGCUGUUCACUGAGCCUAUAUUGAACCCAUUCAUCAACGUAUACAAGCCCACCAGACAGACAGCCCUGCCCUGUUGUCUAAACCAAGACUGAUGAAGAACCUCCACUCACUGAAAUAACAUUUACUUUAAAGAUGUUUUGUUUUCCCCAUUCACUUAUGAUGUCCUUUACCAUGGUUUCUGUGUGUAAACUCAGAGACAGCCAGGUUGUUACUCUUCCUGAAAGUCAACCUAAAUAAAUUUAACAUUGUCAGUUUGCCACUUUAGUUUGGGCUGGUUCCGACCACUAGGUCUCACAAGCCUAGUGAAUUCAAUAGAACAACCUUCAUACCUAGUCUAUCCCUAAAUGUACCAGUGCCCUUAGGCAGAAGCCCAGCCUUUGCUGCUUCCCGGUUAUAAUAUUCACCCAAAUAUGAUUGUUUUAGCAGGCUUUAUUUUCAGACCCAACAGGCAGACAACAGGCAUGGAUUCAUUCCUACUAGUGUGACAAGAAACCUGCUUAAUUUGCAAUAGACAGACCCAUAGCUCUGUUUAAGUUGAAAUGUUAGUACUGAGGGGAGAGCUGGAUUUGACUAAAGAUGGAACAAUAUAUUUGCUUUUAUUAUGUAUUUUGAUGAGAUAUUUCUAGUAGUUUGUUAUAGGUCUCCCUAUGUCACAUACAUCUACAGUGCUGAACUGACUGAUUAGAUCAGUCAUAGACUCGCCUCACUGGCACAAUGAAAUGACCAAUAUGCAACAGACAGAGACGAAUAAAGCACACACUACUACACGUUAAUUAGAAUGUUCAUUUUCGGUAAAGUAGUUGCUGAAAUUGACAAAUAGAUUAUUGGCAUUGUAUUUUUUGUUUCAAGCUUGAUAAUAUCCUAAAGUCAUCAAGUCUGUUCUUGUUUUUGUUUGCUUGUUUUUUGGACAGUUGCAAUAUUUGCAAGUUGUGGUCUGUGUAGUGGAAUAAUAUGUUGUGUAGUGGGGAGGACAAGAUGUGGUCUGUGUAGUGGAAUAAUAUGUUAUGAAGUGGGGAGGACAAGCAUCUUAAAAAGUCAUGUGUAAUUUAUUGGAUUACUUUCUAUGAAGUUAUAUAGAGGAAAUUGAAGUUUAAUUAUUUUUAUUAAACAUAUUCUGACUAUCCAUGA